AGAACUCAAGCCAGUUCAGAUGUUGCUGUUUCCCCAAAUCACAGGUUUAUGGAAAUGCAGGAUCUAGCUAGUCCACACAGUCGACUUAGUGGUAGUAGUGAUUCUCCCGGUGGGCCCAGCCUCGACAGUUCUCACAUAAACAACAAUUCCAUGACACCCAAUGGCACAGAGGUUAAAACAGAGCCAAUGAGCAGCGCUGAUAUUGCAGCGUCGACUGCAGACGGAUCGUUAGAUAACUACUCAGGAACGGUAAUUGGAAACAGUGGAUUUAGCCCAAGGCAGACGCACCAGUUUUCCCCACAAAUAUAUCCAUCCAACAGAGUUUACCCACAUAUCUUGCCAACCCCUUCGUCCCAAACUAUGGCUGCAUAUGGACAGACACAAUUUCCCACAGGAAUGCAACAAGCCACAGCAUAUGCUGCAUACCCCCAGCCAGGACAGCCUUAUGGAAUCCCACCCUAUGGUGCAUUGUGGGCAGGAAUCAAGACAGAAGGUGGAUUACCACAAUCACAGUCACCGGGUCAGACGGGAUUCCUAAGCUACGGUUCAAGCUUCAGCGCCCCCCAGCCAGGACAAGCUCCAUACAGUUACCAAAUGCAAGGGAGCAGUUUCACCACCACAUCAGGAAUUUAUGCAGGAAGCAAUUCACUCACAAAUUCAACUGGCUUUAAUAGUUCCCAGCAGGAAUAUCCAUCUUAUCCAAGUUUUGGCCAAGGACAGUACACGCAGUAUUACAAUAGCUCACAGUAUCCUGCACAUUACAUGACAAGCAGUAACACCAGUCCUACAACACCCUCGACGACCGCCACUUACCAGCUCCAAGAGCCACCAACCGGCAUAACCAGCCAAGCCGUUACGGACCCCUCCCCAGAGUACAGCACAAUCCAUAGUCCAUCAACGCCAAUUAAAGAUUCAGAUUCAGAUCGAUUACGGCGUGCUUCAGAUGGAAAAUCAAGAGGGCGAGGAAGGAGAAACAAUAACCCAUCCCCACCUCCAGACUCUGACCUUGAAAGAGUAUUUAUAUGGGACUUGGAUGAGACAAUCAUUGUGUUCCAUUCGUUAUUGACAGGAUCUUAUGCAAAUCGAUAUGGGAGGGACCCACCUACUUCUGUCUCGCUUGGACUUCGAAUGGAGGAAAUGAUUUUCAACCUUGCGGAUACACACUUAUUCUUUAAUGAUCUAGAGGAAUGUGACCAAGUUCAUAUCGAUGACGUUUCUUCGGAUGAUAAUGGGCAAGACUUGAGCACUUAUAACUUUGGGACAGAUGGUUUCCCAGCAGCAGCAACCAGUGCUAACCUCUGCCUGGCAACGGGAGUUCGUGGAGGGGUGGACUGGAUGAGAAAAUUGGCUUUUCGUUAUAGAAGAGUAAAAGAAAUCUACAAUACUUACAAAAACAAUGUUGGAGGUUUGUUGGGCCCUGCAAAGAGAGAAGCCUGGUUGCAGCUAAGGGCAGAGAUUGAAGCAUUAACGGACUCUUGGUUAACUUUGGCACUGAAAGCUCUUACGUUAAUUCAUUCUAGGACGAACUGUAUAAAUAUACUUGUGACAACUACACAGCUUAUACCAGCGUUGGCGAAGGUCCUGCUGUAUGGUUUAGGGGUUGUAUUUCCAAUUGAAAACAUUUAUAGUGCAACUAAAAUAGGUAAAGAAAGCUGUUUUGAAAGAAUAAUUCAGAGGUUUGGCAGGAAAGUUGUAUAUGUUGUAAUAGGCGAUGGUGUGGAAGAAGAACAGGGAGCCAAAAAGCAUUCAAUGCCAUUCUGGAGAAUUACAAGCCACUCCGAUUUAAUGGCCCUUCAUCAUGCAUUGGAACUUGAAUACUUAUAGCAAAAACAAAACAAAAACACAACAACAUGAUUCUGCUACCAGUGCAAUUAUACAAGUUGUCCUUAUGAUUCUGCACCACUCGGCCACAUCAAGACAAUAUCGGGAAAUCACCAAUGGAAACUCCUAACAUUUGUUACUGUACUGCUGAGGACGUAAGCUUUGUAGGAUGCGUGAAGACCAUCCACAGAAAUGUUACCGUCUUGUAAACACGCAAUACAGUUGUACAUGACAGAUUGAAGGUUCGUGUCUGUGAAGAAUAAGUGGACUUACCAUUGCUUUAGAAGCCAACAGAAGACCAUAUACAGAGAUCACUGGAGAUGGAAUGUGUAAGUUCCAAUGUGGAUGAUCACCUAUGUUCUAAAUUGACACUUCGUCUCCAGAAAAAAAAAAAAAGAUUAAAAAAGUUUACUAAUUACCUUCUUGGAUCCAUAGUACUCACUGCAUUUUAUUUAUGAAUAGACUUGGUAAAGACAUGCAGAUUCGAUGUACAGCUACGAGACAUUAGCAUGUACAUGUAAAUGCGAUCAAGCUACUAACAGAAGUUUUACUUUGGGACUCAGCUGUUAAUUGCAAAAUAUUCUAAAGUAUGUAUACUGUAAUUUAAACUAAUAUGUACAUCACUGAGACAAUCAUGUACAGGAAGAGUUUUUGUGUAAAUUUGUAAUAAUGGAUUCUUUUACAUAUUGUUUAGGUAAAUGUUAAUAAGAUUGCAAUGUCUUGGUAGGUAAAACUUGCAGGGCAGCGUGUGUACAAACAAUUGUGCAGUGCCUUAACAAAGUGUUAGAUAUAAAUAUGUAGAUAUUUUUUUUAAUGUAGUUCAAUUUGUUAAGACCAAAAGCAUGUAUGACAAGUGUCAAUACUAUUUUAUUAAUUUUGGCAUUUUCCACAUAAACAUGUAAAGAAAAAAAUUCACCUGUGUGCUAAUUCAGUGGAAACUAAAGCUCAAAUGCAAG